AACCGUGAGAGGAACCAGUCAGUCAGCCAGCCAGUCUGUCAGCCAGCCAGCCAGCUAGAUAGCCAGCCAGAUAGCCAGUCAGCCAGAUAGAUCGAUAGAUAGAUAGAUUUAUUAUUAUUAUUUAUUAUUAUUAUUAUUUUUAUUUUUUUAUUUAGCAAACAGAGCAACUUGCACGAAAAUUAUUUAUCUAGUCAUUUCUGAUUUUCUUGCCCCCCCCAAAAAUCUAGUUUAUCAAGUGUUGUCGGUCAAGACUAGCAAUGGGAUGAUGGCUAUAUAAUGUAGUUAGCUUGCUAGCUAGCUCGUUAGCAUGUGUGUUAACGCUAGUUAGCUGGAUAGAGGAAUUGGACGUAACUUGCUUGGUUGUAAUGGCUUCAACGAAUGACAGGAAUUAUCUUCAAGUCACCAAUACGGAUUAAAUAAACGGGUUUGGUCGGGAGAGGGAGGGGGAUAUGACAUUUUAGCCGUGCCUUUUAAAACGUUACCCAGCGUUAAAGUGUUUUGUUGUCAUACUUGUUGGCUAGUAUACAUUAGCAUAGCUAGCUAAAGCGAAACGACUGUUUCUACCAACCGUUACCAGGAAAACACCACAAUGCAUGACGCUUACGAACCGGUACCAAUCCUGGAGAAACUGCCUCUUCAGAUUGACUGUCUUGCGGCCUGGGAGGACUGGCUUCUAGUUGGGACCAAACCAGGCCAUCUGCUGCUCUACAGAAUCAAAAAAGAUGCAGGUACCAACAGGUUUGAGGUGACUCUGGAGAAAUCCAACAAGAACUUCUCCAAGAAGAUCCAGCAGCUCUUCAUUGUGUCACAGUACAAGAUCCUCAUUAGUCUACUAGAGAACAACAUCCAUGUUCAUGAUCUGUUGACCUUCCAGCAGAUUACUGUGGUCUCCAAGGCCAAAGGGGCAACGCUCUUCGCCUGUGACUUGCAGCUGUCCCCGACAGGAGAGGCCCAGCUGAGGAUGUGUGUUGCAGUGAAGAAGAAGCUUCAGCUGUAUUACUGGAAGGACAGGGAGUUCUAUGAGCUGCAGGGGGACUUUUCUGCUCCAGACAUCCCUAAGUCCAUGGCCUGGUGUCAGAACUCCAUCUGUGUUGGCUUCAAGAGAGACUACUACCUCAUCCGGAUGGACGGUCGUGGAUCCAUCAAGGAGCUCUUCCCCACGGGGAAGCAGCUAGAGCCCCUGGUGGUCCCCCUGGGUGAUGGGAAGGUGGCGGUGGGCCAGGAUGACCUCACGGUGGUGCUCAACGAGGAGGGGGUCUGCACUCAGAAGUGUGCCCUCAACUGGACUGACAUCCCCAUUGAUAUGGAACACCAGCCCCCAUACAUCAUAGCUGUCCUGCCUCGCUAUGUGGAGAUCAGGACCUUUGAACCCAGACUGCUGGUCCAGAGUGUGGAGUUACAGAGACCACGAUUCAUCACCUCAGCUGGGCCUAAUAUAGUGUACGUUGCCAGCAACCAUUUUGUGUGGCGUCUGGUGCCUGUGUCCAUCGCCAGUCAGAUCAGACAGUUACUACAGGACAAGCAGUUUGAACUGGCCCUGCAACUGGCCAAGAUGAAGGAUGAUGUGGAAGGAGAUAAGAGACAGCAGAUUCACCACAUCCAGAAUCUCUAUGCCUUCAAUCUGUUCUGUCAGAAGAGGUUUGAUGACUCCAUGCAGGUGUUCGCUAAGCUUGGUACAGAUCCCACCCAUGUGAUUGGUCUGUACCCGGACCUGCUCCCCACUGACUACCGUAAACAGCUGCACUACCCCAACCCUUUACCCAGUCUGUCUGGAGCAGAGCUGGAGAAGGCUCACCUCGCUCUCAUCGACUACCUGACGCAGAAACGCAGCCACCUGGUGAAGCAGCUGAACGACUCGGACCCGUCCACUACGUCUCCCCUCAUGGAAGGAACUCCCACCAUCAAGAGCAGGAAGAAGCUCCUGCAGAUCAUCGACACCACGCUGCUCAAAUGCUACCUGCAUACCAACGUGGCCCUGGUGUCCCCUCUGUUGCGUCUGGAUAAUAACCACUGUCACAUUGAGGAGAGUGAGUACAUCCUGAAGAAGGCCCACAAGUACAGCGAGCUCAUCAUCCUCUAUGAGAAGAAGGGCCUGCAUCAGAAAGCCCUGCAGGUGUUGUUGGAUCAGUCCACCAAGGCUAACUCUCCCCUAAAGGGGCAUGAGAGGACUGUGCAGUACCUCCAGAGACUGGGGAUGGAGAAUCUAGGCAUCGUCUUUGAGUUCUCUCCCUGGGUGUUGAAGAUCUGUCCUGAAGACGGACUGAAGAUUUUCACUGAGGACCUGACGGAGGUAGAGUCCCUGCCCAGAGACAAGGUCCUGAACUUCCUGAAGGAGGGUUUUAAGGAGCUGGCUGUCCCCUACCUAGAACACAUCAUACACGUCUGGGAGGAGACAGGACCAGAGUUCCAUAACGUCCUCAUUCAGAUGUACCUGGAGAGGGUCCAGGGGCUCAUGAAGCAGUACCUCAACUCCCUGCCGGAGGGUGUUCCUGCAGUGGCUGCUGGGAAGGAGGAAGGGGACCUGGGAGAGUUCAGGAACAAGCUAGUGUGUUUCCUGGAGGUCUCUACCAGCUACGAACCAGGCCGACUCAUCUCUGACUUCCCCUUCGAUGGUCUUCUGGAGGAGCGGGCCCUGCUGCUGGGUCGGAUGGGCAAACAUGAACAGGCCCUCUUCAUCUACGUACACGUCCUGAAGGAUACGCACAUGGCCAAGGAGUACUGUCACCGGCAUUAUGACACAGACACAGACAGAAACAAAGAUGUGUACCUGUCUCUGCUGCGCAUGUAUUUGUCCCCUCCUGAUGUCCACUGCCUUGGACCAAUCAAAAUGGAGCUGUCGGAGCCACAGGCCAAUCUAAAGGCUGCUCUACACGUGCUGGAGCUGCACCACAGCAAGCUGAAUACCACUAAGGCCAUCAACCUGCUGCCAGCCAACACUCAGAUCAGAGAGAUCCGUGUGUUCCUAGAGAGUGUUCUGGAGGAGAAGGCUCAGAGGAAACGCUUUGACCAGGUGCUCAAGAGUCUGCUGCAGGCCGAGUUCCUACGGGUCCAGGAGGAGCGUAUCUUCCACCAACAGGUCAAGUGUACCAUCUCAGAAGAGAAGACCUGCAGGGUCUGUAAGAAGAAGAUGGGGAACAGCGCCUUCGCCAGGUAUCCCAACGGUGUUGUCGUUCAUUACUUCUGCUGUAAGGACCGAGGCGUGUGUCCUAUUGAGCAGUGACACCAAAAUAGUGCCCUCCUGUGGACUACAUGUCCCUAGCAGCACCCUGGACGGACGGACGGAGGGAGGGCAGGGAGCUCAGUUCGUCUGAAACACUUCCGCAGCGGCUAUUCAGCUGGACUCAUCUCUGGAACUCUGGCCGCUUCUGUCUGGAACUGUGGAAUGCUGUUCCUCUCCCUCCCGAUCUCUCUUGCUCUCUCGCUGUCUCUCUCUCUCUUGCUCUCUCGCUGUGUCUCGCUGUGUCUCGCUGUGUCUCGCUGUGUCUCGCUGUGUCUCGCUGUCUUUCUCUCUGUCUUUCUCUCUGUCUUUCUCUCUGUCUUUCUCUCUGUCUUUCUCUCUGUCUUUCUCUCUGUCUUUCUCUCUGUCUUUCUCUCUCUCUGACUCUCUCUGUCUCUCUCUGUCUCUCUCUGACUCUCUCUGUCUAUCUAAGAUUCGGAUAAGCUGUAUAAGCAUGAAUGACAAAGCCACUUUUGCUAAAGCGAAG